GCGGCGGCUAAGAGGCAGGCGGGCAAGAGGUGGCCGCAGCGCAGUGGACGAGCCAGCGCCGGGAUCGCGGGCGAGAGCUGCGGGACAGCCGCCGCAGAUAGAAAGACCUGAAGUAGCCUUUCUUGUCUAACGAUGGAGAACAGUACCACCACUAUUUCUCGGGAGGAGCUUGAGGAGCUACAAGAAGCGUUUAAUAAGAUAGAUAUUGACAACAGUGGGUAUGUCAGUGACUAUGAACUUCAGGACCUGUUUAAGGAGGCAAGUCUUCCGCUUCCUGGGUACAAGGUGCGCGAGAUUGUGGAGAAAAUUUUAGUGGUUGCUGACAACAACAAGGAUGGCAAAAUCAGUUUUGAAGAAUUUGUGUCACUAAUGCAAGAGCUGAAAAGCAAAGAUAUCAGCAAAACCUUCCGAAAAAUAAUUAACAAAAGGGAAGGGAUCACUGCCAUCGGGGGCACUUCCUCCAUCUCCAGCGAGGGCACGCAGCACUCCUACUCAGAGGAAGAAAAAGUAGCGUUUGUUAACUGGAUCAACAAGGCUCUCGAGAAUGACCCAGACUGUAACCAUCUUCUGCCUAUGAACCCCAACGAUGGCAGCCUCUUCAAAUCGCUUGCAGACGGCAUCCUUCUUUGCAAAAUGAUCAACUUAUCUGAACCAGAUACGAUUGAUGAAAGGGCCAUCAAUAAGAAGAAGCUCACUCCAUUCACGGUUUCUGAAAAUCUGAAUCUGGCGCUGAAUUCUGCCUCGGCCAUCGGUUGCACCGUGGUCAACAUUGGUGCACAGGAUCUCAAAGAAGGGAAGCCACACUUGGUCUUGGGGCUUCUCUGGCAGAUCAUCAAAGUUGGUCUUUUUGCUGACAUUGAGAUUUCUAGGAACGAAGCCCUGAUUGCUCUGCUAAAGGAAGGGGAGGAGCUUGAGGAGCUGAUGCGGCUGUCUCCUGAGGAGCUGCUGCUCCGAUGGGUGAACUACCAUCUGACCAACGCAGGGUGGCGCACCAUCAGCAACUUCAGCCAGGACAUUAAGGACUCAAAAGCCUAUUUCCAUCUGCUUAAUCAGAUUGCUCCUAAAACUGACCGUGAUGGUGGCCGUGCCGUUGCCAUUGAUCUCUCAGGAUUUAAUGAGAAAAACGACCUGAAGCGUGCUGAAUUCAUGCUUCAGGAAGCGGAUAAGCUUGGCUGCAGGCAGUUUGUUACUCCUGCAGACGUGGUUUCAGGAAACCCAAAGCUAAAUCUAGCCUUCGUAGCGAACCUCUUUAACACGUACCCGAGCCUACAUAAGCCUGAUAACAAUGACAUUGAUAUCAAUUUAUUGGAAGGAGAGAGCAAGGAGGAGAGGACGUUCAGGAACUGGAUGAAUUCACUGGGGGUCAACCCAUACAUCAACCAUUUGUACAGUGACCUUACAGAUGCCUUGGUGAUCUUCCAGCUCUAUGAGAUGAUCCGCGUGCCAGUCAACUGGAGCCAUGUCAACAAGCCUCCGUACCCUGCUCUCGGAGGGAACAUGAAGAAGAUUGAGAACUGUAACUAUGCAGUAGAGCUUGGGAAAAAUGAGGCCAAAUUCUCGUUGGUUGGCAUUGGUGGGCAGGACUUAAAUGAAGGGAACGCAACCCUUACUCUGGCACUGGUCUGGCAGCUGAUGAGGAGAUACACACUGAAUGUGUUAUCAGAUCUUGGGGAAGGAGAAAAAGUCAACGAUGAUAUUAUUAUUAAAUGGGUCAAUCAGACUCUCAAAAAUGCAAACAAGAGCACUUCUAUUUCCAACUUCAAGGAUAAAUCCAUUAGUACAAGCUUGCCUGUCUUAGAUUUAAUAGAUGCCAUUGCACCAAAUGCAGUUCGUCCAGAAAUGAUCAAGAGAGAAAACCUUACUGACGAGGACAAACUGAACAACGCUAAAUAUGCCAUUUCAGUUGCUCGGAAGAUUGGUGCCCGGAUAUAUGCAUUACCUGAUGACCUCGUAGAAGUAAAACCAAAGAUGGUCAUGACAGUGUUUGCCUGCCUAAUGGGAAAAGGACUGAACAGAAUAAAAUAAUAAAGCAUUUACUAUGAUCUGCCACAUUAAACACAUCGAAUGUCUCAGUUUACAGAAUUUUGAAUUGUAGUGGGUAUAAAAUCAGAGUAUCUGUAUGCUCAAAAUAGUUCUGUAUUCAGUAAUGAAUAACAUCUUGUCCAUACUAGUUAGAAUUUCUCAAUCUUCUUGAUUACUUUAACAAUCAAUACCAAGACAGGAACAUCUUAUCAAGCUGCUAUUUCAAAUUUAAAUUAUUUUAUUUCCUAAAGGUCUUACAAAAUAAGACUAAUCAUUCUUUUUCAUAGUUCAAAAAAGAUCUGUAUAAAGUUUUGUCAGGUCCUGCUAUUAAAAGUGUUUGGAUUUUUUUGAAGUGUUAUUUAAUUUUGAUCACAAAUGUACCUAAAGUCAUAGUCCAACUCAGUCCUUUUUUACCUCUGUAAAGGGGUCUAAAACUGUAACCUUGCUGCAAAUUUCUAUUUCGUAUAUAAAUUUAAACGGGUAAAUAUGGCUCACCAACAUAAAACUUUUUAAAUAUGAAAACUAAUUCUUGAAUAGACCUCAAGGUUCACUCUCUUGCAUAAGUUGUAGGAACUUUUUACUUAAAGUUUGAUUGUAAUUGCAUUGCUAGUUUACAUGUCCUAGUUUGAUAAUAUAGCAUUAUUUCUGACAUGUAGCAUAAUACUCUAUGUUGGUAAGAUGCUACAUAUAUGUAUUUCCCUACAUCAUCUGAAUUACCCAGAUUUUCUCAAAUGCUAUGUAUUAAGUGGUCAGCCAGCCAUUAAGUAUUUAUUUUGCCCCUACAAGAUGUGUGAUAUCUGAUAUGUGAAGAUAUCUUUUACAAAUAUUAAUUAUGAAUGUGUGUAUAGUUAUUUUUCACCUAAUUCCUUUAAAAUACUUGCAGCCAAACCAUCCCAACCGACGCUGAUACUAUCCUGUUAGCAUCACAUUACACUUGCUAGCUUCAUUACUAGUUGUAAUGAAGCCGACGUAAUUAGAACAUGCCCACCAGAUAACUUCAGUAGAAAGCACGUAACAGCUAAUGUCUGUCAUAGUCUUGUGUUUCUCACAGCCCUGUAUAACCUGGAAAUGUUUAAGGCUUGUGUUCCUUAGGAAGAGUUAAAACUUGAAACCCCUUUUCCCCAGAAUUGUGAGCAGUAGAGAAAUUCUGUGGCUCAUAGUGGAAGCCAGAAAUACGCUCCCACCUUCCACUUUGGUGCCAGUGAGCUCUCCUACUGUGCGGCGGAAGUGCUUCGCUUUUCUCUGUGCGAAUGAGUUGUCUACAUCUUCCUCCUCCCCUGGUCAAAGCAUAUAUGUUAAGGGUGAGAGUGUCUGUAUCUUUAGGGUAGACUUUUUUAAAUGAAAUACUAACAGGUGGAGUUCUUAAAUAUAUUCUUCUACAAGAGAUUUCUUUGCCUUUUAUAUUUUGAUGAUUGUUUUCUUAUAUGAAGAUGUAAGUAGGCUUUUGCUCUUCUGAGAAUAUUUAAAUCAUGCUUCUCUGAUUUUUUUUCACCAUCAUAUUUACUAAGAUAAUC